CCGGGCCUCAAUGAGCUUAUAAAGCUGAGCACAUUCAUGCAGCGCUGCGUUACUUUAACGCAAUGCAAUAGGUGACAACAACAAGAAACAAUUUGUAAACAUGAUGAACGAGCAAACUGUGAAGAAGGAGAACGCGGUGCCGCGCCUGCAGUUAUUUAAUUGCGCGUUUGCUGACUGCGGCGCGACCUUCACGCGCCAGUGGCGUCUUGAAGAGCACAAAAACGCGCACAGCGGCGCGCGACCUCACAAGUGUCCAGUUGAGGAAUGUGGACGGAGUUUCUCGCGUCGAUCACACCUGAGGCGGCACGCGCUAUUACACAACGGCGACAAAACGUUCAGGUGCACUGCGACUGGUUGCAGCAAAAGCUUCCUAACAGCUGAUAAACUUAAGAGACACACGUGUUAUAAACACGACACACGUGACUACUUCAAGUGCAACUUUCCACAAUGUGCGGAAACGUUUCGUAAGCGACGUGCGUUGAAACUCCACCAGGUGACGCACGGCGCGUCCAGCUUCAGAUGCUUAAAGGGUCGCUGUGCUAUGAAGUUCGAGUCUCACACUGCCCUCAAAGCUCACAAGAAAAGACAUGCAGGGUAUCACUGUCCUCAUGCUGACUGUCCUACCAGUGCAAAAACCUGGGGAAACCUCCUGAAGCACAUGUCAAGUCAUCCAGUGUCAUACUCUUGUAUGGUGUGCAAGAAGAGCUUCAGGAAGAGAGAUGCUUUGAGAAAACACAAGCGCACUCAUGCGCUGCAGAAGCCGGUCCUGCUGUGUCCCAGUCAGGGUUGUCAGGCUUAUUUCUCCACCACCUUUAAUUUGCAACAUCACAUUCGAAAGGUCCAUCUGCAGCUGCUCUCACACCGCUGCGCCUUCCCUGGUUGCGACAAGGCCUUUGCCAUGCGCGAAAGCCUUGUCCGGCACAUGUUGCAUCAUGACCCUGAAAUGGCCAAAUUCAAGCAGCGACACAAGCGCAGCAGCAAGAGCUGGCAGAAACGUCUGGAAGCGCAAAACCGACGUCCGCUGGUUGAAGAUCUCCGUCAGCUCUUCUCGCUUCGCAUGAACAUCGCUCACAAAGUGAAACGUGAAGCGAAUCUGACGGGUCUCUUCAAUGAACGCAAGAUCCCUCACCGCGUUGAUCCUGAAGUCAACCUGCGGGACCUCUUUAGCAUCAGGCCACCUCAGACGAAACAGGCUGAUAGAAAAUAAUGACUGCAAAUAUCAGACUUUCAUUUGUAAAGGUUUUCGAUAUUUUGGUAGUGCAUGAAGUAGAUUUUUUUUGUAAGAGUGAAACAUUGUAGUGGCUGAAGACUUUUUGUUAAAUGUUCAUAUUUUACAGUUUUGUACAAUGCAAGGGUACUUGAGGACAAGUACAGUUUUUCAGUUAAAA